AGGACGCACCAGAUGGUCCAUUAAGUGCGAUGCGCGACCCAAGCAUGUGAUUAGGCCAAUACCAUCGUACGUAAGCGGUACUGGACGUCUGCUACAGCUGGCCUCGACAUCCCUUGCAACUUUGCAGUUUGCAGUUUGCGCUUCGUCAUGGCGCACCGACGUCGCAGCAGCAUGGAUGGCGGGCCCAAGAACGUGGUCGCCAUUGCCUUUGACAAGGCGGCGCUUCUCCGCGCGCGCUUCCUCGAGGCCCCCAAGCGCUACAGCGUCCUGCUUCUGCUUUUGCUGUCGACCGUCGUCUAUUACCGCGACGCCCGCACCACCGAGUUCUUGACGCUGGCGCGGUACCCCAAGCGCACCGAGUCGUGCACGUAUCUCUCGUCCGCAUUUCAAGCUGCACUCGAUGCGCGCGCGGUGCAUCCGCCGCCACUCGUCUUGUCCAAGGAGCACGUGAGCGUCCUCCGCGGUGCGGCCGAUGCAAGCCUCCCGACGCGGCAACUCUCGUGGAAGGACUGCCUGCCCAUGCACUCACUCGAGUGCGGGCUCAUGGCCGGCUCGAUGGACGCGCUUCUAUCGACGAGCGAGCGCAAGUGCCGGUCGUCCAUUUUGCACCACCUUCUGUCGGCUGCGACGACGGUGCUGGAGCGCCACGGGUCCUUUGCCACGCCGAUUGGCGCUGCGCUGCAUCACAUUUAUGAGUACGGUGCGCUUCCACCCAACGCUUAUGCGCUCAACGUGGCCACGGACGCGACGGAGGAUCUCACGUCGUCGUUCUGGGCGGCUGGUUUUGCCCACUUCAACGACCCGCAGCUCCGCACCCGAAUCACGUGCAUCGCUCCGCACCACGCGCUGGCGAGUGCCUUGUAUGCGCCCGAGCUGCCGCUGGUCAUGGGCCCGGACAACGGUGUACCGUACCUCCGCUUUGCACCGCUGACGACGGCGCCACGCAUGCUCGGUGGCGUCGACGAGACAGCGUACGUUCUCGAGGGCGCGACGCCAGUUGCGCGGCAUGAGCUCUUCCCGUUGCGCUGCCUCGGCCUCUACAACGUCUCGGUGCAGACACCGCACUUUUCGCCAGCCUUUUUCAACGUCUCGAUCGACAUGAACAUACCGUACGCCUUUGCCUACCCGAGCGAGUCGUGCCAAGCCCACUGUGACAGCGCCGGUAUCACCAAGCGCAUGCAAUCGCGGCCGAAUCUGCCGCGCUGUCCGCUGCAAGACGAUAGCGAUUUUCGCGCCAAGACGGCGGUGUAUGCAGCAAAGAAGGUGCCGCUCUCCCUGGCGCCAGCCCACGCCGACAUUCUGGUGCCGUUCCACAACAACGUGACGCGCCUGCGUGCGGGCAAGGACUGGACCUACUGCCUUCCGAUUCGCCCGCAGCAGUGCGGCGUCGGCCAUGGCGACAAGUCGUCUCUUUUCGAGACCUCGCCCGGACGGCCGUGCCGCUCGGCCGUGCUGCAUCUGCUCAUGGAAGACAUGCUGAAUGCGCUCAAUGCUGAAGACCAAGUCGCAUUUGUCUACUUUGGUACGCUCCUUGGCGCGUGGCGGGACAAGGCCAUGAUCCCGCACACGCCCGACACGGACAUCAUCGUGCCGUGGGAGACGGACUGGGACCACCUCCAGGACGUCAUGUGGGAGAAGGGGUACUAUGUGUUUGAGCGCGCGAUUCACGCGGCGUGCGUCGCGCCACACCACCCGUUGGCGCCACUUUUGUAUGCCCCCUCGUCGUCGCUCACCGACUCGUCCGACCACGGCACACCGUAUCUCGAUCUGUACAUGUGGCGCGACGACGGCGACCAAAUCUACGUGCAAACCGCCGAGAAGCACUUGCCGCGGGAAAUGAUGUUUCCGCUGACGUGCGACGCACAGAUUUUUGCGAGCCGCGUGCCCAGCAUCCAGUUCCCCGAAGGCAUGUUCAUGGCCGAGUACGGCGCGUCGUUCGUCAAGGACACCAAGCUCCUCUUCAACAAGUGCGAAUCGUACUGCGACGACGAGAUGUAGGUGGUUAUUCUUAUAUAUAAUUUUGACGCUGGACA